AUGCGCACCAGGAUGCAGGCAGGGCGCAAUGCCCGGCGUCACUCGAGAGGCUUUCCAUUCGGCAAACGGAGCAACACCGUCAACGAUGCGGAAAUGGGGAAUGCUGGGAUUGAGGACCGAGCCGUGCCAUUGGCCCACGCCGAGACGGCACCCGAAGCUGGCGGCAGCAGUCGUACCAACCGACCGGCGAGCAGGGAAGCCGAAAAGGACGUCGACUCGCCUCUAUCCAAGGAGCGCACGCAGAACAGCACGUACGAGUCGCAGGCCACCACAGCAGACAGCCCGACGGCCAAUGGGAAUGGUGCGAACGAGCUCCGAGAGCGGAAACGAUCGGGAGACAAGCGUCCCGACUCGACCGAGCCUACGGGCACGCUGGUGAAGAGGGCGUCGUGGAAAGGUAAAAAGCUGCCGAUCGGCCAGCAGCUCAAGUUCAUCUUCGGGUCUUGGGUUAACAUACUCAUGCUCGCCAUCCCUGCGGGGUUUGCUGUCAACUACGCUGGCCUCGACGGCAGGAUUGUCUUUGCUGUGAACUUCAUCGCCAUCGUCCCCCUGGCUGGUCUGCUGAGCUUGGCCACCGAGGAAAUCGCGCUCGUGUUCAACGAGACCAUUGGCGGCCUGAUCAACGCCACGUUUGGUAAUGCGGUUGAGUUGAUUGUGGCCAUCAUCGCUCUGCUCGCGGACGAGAUCGAAGUCGUCAAGACUUCCCUCAUUGGCAGCAUUCUCUCCAACCUUCUCCUGGUCCUGGGCAUGUGUUUCUUCUUCGGCGGUUGGAAGAGGAAUGUACAGUUCUUCAAUAAGACGGUCGCACAGACUUCGGCUAGUCUGCUUGCACUCGCCGUCGCCAGUAACAUUGUCCCGACCGUAUUUGCAAACCAUGCCGAAUCGAACAACACCGAUAACGCUGAGGUCGACUCGACCAAAAUCGCUGCCCUAUCGCGCGGCACCAGCGUCAUCCUGCUGGUUGUUUAUCUUGCCUACCUCUUCUUCCAGCUCAAGACCCACAGCACUGUCUUCGCCGAACGUUCCCCCAAAGGCGAGAAGAGGGAGAGCUCGUCCGCCCACAAGGAGGACACUAUCGGGCGUUUGGUUCGCGGCAGCGGGGUUCUUGGCGAACACGCCCUCAAUAAGAAGGACGAGAGGGACAACAAGGAUGCUCUAAACCACGAGCGCCCUUCAUCAAGCGAUGACGACGACGAAGAGGAGGAGGAACCCCAGCUCAACAUCUGGCUUGCAUUGGGUGUUCUGCUCGGUGCCACUGUCCUGAUCGCGUUCUGCGCCGAGUUCAUGGUUAGUGGAAUCGAAGUCAUCGCCGCCAGCGGAGUGAGCGUCGAAUUCGUUGGUUUGAUCCUUGUCCCAAUCGUCGGCAAUGCUGCCGAGCACGUCACGGCCGUAACGGUUGCGAUCAAGGAUAAAAUGGAUCUGGCCAUUGGUGUCGCGGUUGGGUCUUCGAUGCAGGUCUCGCUAUUUGUUAUCCCGUUCCUUGUCAUUGUUGGCUGGGGGUUGGGUAAGGAUGACAUGAACCUCGCGUUUGACACUUUCCAGGUUGCUGUCCUCUUCGUUUCGGUACUGUUGGUCAACUACCUGAUCGGGGAUGGAGAGAGCCAUUGGCUUGAGGGGUUCCUCCUCAUCUGCCUUUACUUGAUUAUCGCGGUCUGUGCUUGGUAUUAUCCGGCCGCUGCUACGGGAUCAUCAGCCUUGGAGGCAAAGAGCCUGAUAAUCGGCUAA